AUGGCGUAUCAUUUCUCACCAUUGUCAUUAUCAGUUCCGAUUAUGCUUCUAGUUGUUAUGUUCACUUCCAUUCCACUCUCACAUUCUAUACCGUUCGUCAUCCUCCACGGCCUUGGAAUGCAAUGCAAUGAUCAAGGAAGCAUAUUUUAUCAGUCUUCGCUUAGCAUGUUGACUGGGAUUAAAGGAACAUGCGUGGAAAUUGGAAAUGGAGCAUAUGAUUCCUGGACCAUGCCAUUGGAACAGCAAGUUCAUAUUGCUUGUGAGAAGCUUAGAAUGAUGCCAGAACUUCAACAAGGUUACAACCUUGUUGGACUCUCCCAGGGAAAUGUUGUAGCCCGAGGAGUGAUUGAGUUAUGUGACGAUGUGCCACCUGUUAAGAAUUUCAUCUCAAUAGGAGGCCCUAAUGCCGGCGUCUCUGCAGUACCUGCUUGCAUUACUGGUCCCUGGUGUGCUGCUAUUGGUUUCUAUAAUGGAAUGGGAGUCUACAAUGACUAUGUUCAAGCUCGCUUGGCUCCCAGUGGUUAUACCAGGAUUCCAAAUGAUAUCCCUGGAUACUUGAGAGGCUGCAGAUUUCUGCCAAAGAUAAACAACGAAAUCCCCAGCGCGAACAACGCCAUCCAAAAGCAGAGAUUCACCAGCCUGCAAAAUCUUGUUCUCAUCAUGUUUGAAAGCGAUGGCGUUGUCAACCCGCCUUUAAGCUCCUGGUUCGGCUUCUAUCAAGACGGGGAUUCCUCAACAAUCCUGCCUCCACAGCAGACUAGAUGGUACAAGGAGGAUUUAUUCGGGUUGCGAACAUUGGAUGAAGCUGGAAAGGUUAAGUUCAUCAAGGUGCCUGGAGUUCACCUAGUAAUAACCAUUCCUCAGUUGCAGCAGCUUGUUGUCCCAUACUUGGUUGAUUCUGCACCAGGAUUUUUCCUCCCCUAGACUUUUGAGUGCACUGAAGACUAGGAUAAUUAAUUUAACUUACCUGGUUUUAGACACUAUAUAUGGUUUAGGUAGUUUAUUGGUAUUAUUGAGUAUGAUCUAUGAUCAAUAAC